GCCAUUGACUAAGAUGAACGGAGUUUUUCUACUGUUCUCAGGUACAAUGUGGAUGGUUGAGAUUCUGGACAUGAUUCAUAACGAUGGGGAUGUGGUAAAGUGCAGACGCGCCACUUCCAUACUAAGGGUCCCCUUCCUUGAGUCAAAAUUCAUCAACAUGGAGGGAGCUGGGUCAGGGCUGGAUUUUGCGACGACCUCUCCCCGAGUGCUGGUCACUCAUCUUCGUGCACACUUGCUGCCGAGGUCCAUCUGGGAACAGAACUGCAAGGUUAUGGAACCAAUGUGAAGAUUCCUCCAGAUGCUAUGUGUAUCUCCCCCAAUUAAGCAUUCUGGAGCUGGGGAAAUAACAACAAGAUGGAUUCGGAGGCCUACUGGACCCACUGUGCUUCUGGCCUUUGCCAAAAUGCCAUUGACUGCCUGAUCUUCACAGGGCCCCUACUCUUGCUGGAGGGUCACAGUGAUGUUUUGGACAGCCUGGAAUCAUAUUAGUUCUGAACCA